AUGGCAGACAGGGAGACUCAGCAGCCCAUUGCGGCUCAUCUCGUCGCUCCAAACGAAGAGGCCCAACAUGCUGCGGAUGACGAAAAGUCGAUGGGUUUAUUUCAAGCCAUCAGGCUGUACCCGAAAGUUGUUGGCUGGUCAGUCGUUCUUUCAAGUGCGCUGAUCAUGGAGGGUUACGAUCGCGCGCUUCUUGGAUCACUGUACGGAAGUUCGAUGUUCAACCAAAAGUAUGGCCUACUCAAUGAAAGGACCGGCAAGUGGGCAAUUCAGCCGAACUGGCAGAGCGCGCUGUCUAAUGGCGCUCGUGCGGGAGAGGUAAUCGGUCUGCUCAUUAACGGCUUUGUUAGCGAGCGUUACGGCUAUCGCAAGACCAUGAUCGGCGCCUUGAUUGCAAUAACGUGCUUCAUCUUUGUAUUGUUCUUCGCCCCCAACGUCCAAACCCUUGUUGUUGGCGAGGUGUUCUGUGGCAUUCCAUGGGGCAUGUUCCAGACUUUGACAACUCAGUAUGCCUCCGAGGUUGCACCCGUGCAGUUGCGACCGAUCCUGACGACCUUCUGUUGGGUUAUGGGUCAGUUCAUUGCUGCCGGUGUCAAUCGAGCUUGCGUCUUGCGCGAAGACCAAUGGGCAUACAGAAUCCCAUUUGCGAUCCAGUGGAUCUGGCCGCUUCCAAUUGCGAUUGGAGUCGCCCUUGCUCCUGAGUCACCAUGGUGGCAUAUUGUGUGUUUUGCCUGGAUCGCUCAAACCAUUUGCGGUACCAAUAUUAUGGGUUAUUUCGCAUACUUCAUGCAACAAGCCGGACUACCUACCAUACAGUCGUUCAACAUGUCGAUGGUCUCCCUCGCACUGGGUCUGAUUGGUACGAUGGGCUCAUGGUUCCUCAUGCAAAAGCUCGGUCGUCGCACGAUUCACUUCUCAGGAGCUUGCACAUUGUUUGUGCUUCUGAUCAUCGUCGGCUCGUGCUCGUUUGCCGGGAACGAUGCUUCAAACUGGGCUAUCGGUGCCGUUCUCAUCGUGUUCGUCUUUAUUUACGACUUCACGAUUGGCCCGGUCACAUACUCGAUCGUCGCCGAGAUGCCAUCAACGCGACUGAAAUCGAAGACGAUCAACCUUGCUCGAGCGCUGUACAACACGUCGAACAUUGUUGUGAACGUCCUGACGAACUAUCAGCUCGGCAGUGGUGGUUGGGCCUGGGGAGCAAAGACGGCAUACUUCUGGGCUGGCACCUGCGGCUGCGUGGUCGUGUGGGUGUACUUCAGAUUGCCAGAACCGAAGGGCAGGACGUAUGCCGAGCUUGACGCAUUGUUCGAGGGCAAGGUCAGCGCGAGAAAGUUUGCGCGCACGCAAGUAGACCCUUACGGCCGUGGUAUCGGCGUUGAGAAGGUGGAAGGGAAGGAGGUUGCGAACCCUGAGUGA